AUGUCAAAAGAAGGUACCAAAGAUCAAGAGGAGAUGCCGGAUCUGGAGAAUGGCAACUACGUAUUCAUAUCGCCAGAAGAAUUUCGCGAAUAUCUUCGAGAGAUUCAGGAAUGGAUUGCGAUCACAGGCAGGCCAAGGUAUGUACACUCUUUUGGCCAGUUCUGGCUCAGUGUCUGUCGAGAUGAGAGGGGAUACUUGAAUUUGCAAUUCGAAUAA